CUUCACCUUACCUUGCCUUCUUCACCUCACCUUCACCUUUACUCUUGUACGCUUGUCUUGCCAUCCCCCUUUUGUCUCAUUUUUAUUCUAUUCUACUCUAUUCUAUUCUAUUCUAUUUUAUAUUAUUCUUUAUUUGUUCUUCACUCCUUUUCCUUUCUAGUUCGAUCGCUCUCACCGAGGAUACCUGUCCUCUAUUCUCUCUUCACUUGGAUCGACCCCCCCCAAGGCCACCCACACCACCACAGGAUCGCGAACCCAUGGAUUCCUAGGAACUUGCCAAUGCCACUGGAUUAAUAAAAAUAUAUAUAUACGUACCACCAGGAAUCACCUUUUCACCCCUGCUCCCUCUCUGCACAUAUUGUUUUGUUUUGUUUUGUUUUGUUAGCAUGUAUCCGCCCGUGUCUCCCUCUCCGCCCGCCUUACCGCCCGUCCCUCGCUGUUAUGCCCCGGAAGACCGUUUGGGACUGUUGCUGGCCAACCGCCUGGAACUGACCAGUAUCCUGGGCGUCGGCGCCUAUGGUGUCGUCUACACGGCCAUCGACAUCCAUACCAACGUCCCCUAUGCCGUCAAGGCCCUCAACAAGACUGGACUCGAUGCCCGCCAGCUCAAAUUCCAGCAGCGGGAGAUCAAGCUGCACCACCUGGCCAGCCAACACCCCAACGUCGUCUCCCUCGUCCGCAUCAUGGACGCCGCUGACUGCACCUAUGUGGUCAUCGAGUUCUGUCCCGAGGGCGAUCUCUUCUCCUCCAUCACCGAGCAGGGCCACUUUGUCGGCAAUGACCCCUUGGUCAAACGCGCCUUUCUGCAGAUCCUGGAUGCCGUCUACUUUUGCCAUUCCACCGGGAUCUAUCACAGGGACCUCAAGCCGGAGAACAUUCUUGUCAAGGAUCAGGGAAUGACCGUCAAGCUGGCCGAUUUCGGUCUCGCCACCACAGACUUUUAUACCUCGGACUUUGGCUGCGGCUCUACCUUUUACAUGUCUCCUGAAUGCCAACAACCAAACCCCCGCCCCAUGUCCUACUACGCUUCUGCCGCCAAUGAUGUCUGGAGCCUGGGUGUCAUCCUGGUGAAUCUGACGUGUGGCCGCAAUCCCUGGAAACGCGCCUCCAUUGAGGAUUCCACCUUCCGUGCCUAUAUGAAGGAUCCUUUCUUUCUGCAGUCCAUCCUGCCCCUUUCCCCCGAAGCUGUGGCCAUUCUGAGCCGCAUCUUCGAGCUGGACCCCGCCAAGCGUAUCUCCAUCCCGGAGCUCCGCCUGAGGAUCCUGGAAUGUCCCUGUUUCACCACCACCACCACCACCACCACUAUUCCCUGGGUUAAUAACGUCGCUACGGCCAAUUCAGCCGCACCACCCGUCACCCCUCUUCCCCUUCCCCAACAACAACAACCACAACUACUACUUCCCCUGCAGAUCCCUGUGGAACCCCUUAACGCCCUGCCAUCCGACGCCUCUGACUCCUCGUCGGCUUACUCCGACUUCUCUGACUCGGCCGUCUCCGACGGCUCCUCCGUCACGGACCUGUCAGAUGUCGAGAGCAUGGCCUCGGUCUCCUCCACGGGAUUUCUCCCUGAUGAUCUCCCAUAUGGUCUUCCGCAGGCGGACGCAUGUGGAGUAGAGUGCCACCACCACCCGGAUCUGCCCAGCAGCCAGUCUUCGGAACAGCCUAUCCAGUUUGUCCCUCUUACGCCUGUUCUUGUUGCGCCUGUUUCUGUUGCCACCUACUAAACAGAACGAUUCACGAUUAUGAUUGACGCUGUUUCUUCUCAUCAAGAAGAGGACGACCCAAAAGAAAAAAAAGAAUUAAGAAAAAAAAAAAAAAAAGACCUCAACACACAAACAAGCGCUAAGCACUUCUAUUCUGGCUAUUUCUACCAUAUACCAUCUUUCACCUGGAUACUGGACUCCGGUUUUUUUUUUUUUUUUUUUGGACAUAUUCCCGGAUAUACCCCCCACAUACUUUUUGAUACCUGGAUGUUAAUACCUGAUACCUGGAUCUUCCCUUGGAU